AUGGCAACCCCACCGAGGCUCCCUCUGGAGAUCCUCCUCCACAUUAUCAAAAUCGGAGUAGAAGAGCAUUACUGGACGAUCCCUGAGCUUUUCCAAGCCCGCCUUGUAAAUACCACGUUCGCGGACGAGAUUCUCUCGCUCUUCUUGCGGGUCGACCGCCUCGACAGUGAGCGCCUGAGCCAUACCCAGUGGGAAACCAUGCCCGAGAGGUUAAAGCGCUUGUUCCUGCACGUAAAGAUCGACCAGCACGAUUUGCAACCGUGUGCGCUCUCUCAACUUGUGCAUCACUACCUCAGCGCUAGACCGGCCCCAGACCGCAACAUUCAGGUCCAGCGGCUCAUCGACGCCUUGGUACCGGUGAACUAUGGAAUACUUGCCUAUCUCGGCCCAGGCCUACACGCGAAACUUAUGCGCACUUCACCGUUUUACAGACAGAAUCGGAAUCUCCAAGUCGUCCAGCUGCAAAUUGCGCUGGCGCGCGACGCAAUCUCGCGCAACGACCCCGUCGCACUGCAAAAUUUGCUCGAGGACGGCGAGGAUGCCGGCGAGAUACAUAUAUUAUGGAGCCAUCUCUUCAGCGGGUCUCCUCUCUGUCUGGCCGCUCAAAGGGGGACAGCCGAGAUUAUGGAAACCCUCCUUCUACACGGGACAUGGACGGGGAGUGGGUGCGAGCGAGGGGCGAUCAAGAAGGCAAUCCGGGCGAAAAACCGCGCCGUCUUAGACGUCUGGCUCGAUGACAGCAGACUCUCGCGCAGAUCCGAGACGGUUCCAUCGACAACCUUUUGCACUGCGCUCCUCGAGUUCGUGCGCGCUGGAGACCUCGAGAUGGUCGAGUAUCUGAGUCCGCGGUUCAAACGGUACGGGCCUUACUUUGAAGAGCUGCACUUCAAAGCGCUUAUCGAAGCCAUUAAGCUAGGCAGUGUGGUGAUUGCCCAGUGGCUGCACGAACACGGGGAGUUUGAUAUUGAUGAGACAGCCUGGUAUCACGAAACCGCGCUGUUUGCCGCGCUGCGUGAUUGCGAGAUUAAUGUGAAGGUCCCCAUGGUCAAGAUGCUUUUAACCCGCGGGGCCAACCCAGAUGGGCAACAUCCUUCAAUUCCAGGUACUCCACUGCAGAUUGCAAUUCAGCGGAACGAAACUAAGCUGAUUGAUCUUCUCCUUGAUCACGGUGCAAAUCCGAAUACGCAAAAGGGAAUAUAUGGCUCGUUCGUCGGUUAUUUGAAUGUGGAGCCAAUCCGCUGGUAUUAUCAUGGCGUAAAUCCUUGA